AUGAGGAAUGAAUCAUGGAUCAUGUGUGGUGAUUUUAACACUGUCAUCAAUGGUGAGGAAAAGCUUGGAGGUGCUGUAAUUACUAAAGCUGACACCAAAGAUUUCAGGGAUUUAAUUGAAGACUGCCAUCUAAAUCAUCUAAAAACAACAGGAUGCUUCUAUACAUGGAACAAUAAACAAGAUCAUGAUUCCAUAGUGUGGUGUAGACUGGAUAGAGCUCUGGUGAAUGAUGCAUGGCUUAACAUGUAUAAUGCUAGUCAGGUUGAAUUCUUGCUGCCUUACUUCUCUGACCAUUCUCCUGCUUUAGUUUCACUUUUCCAGGAAUGUUCAAAAGGAAAGAAACCUUUUAGAUUCUUCAAGAUGUGGUCCAAGCAUGAUAGCUACAUUCCUACUAUUUCUGCCAUUUGGCAAACAAAAGUAGAGGGAUACAAAAUGUUUGUAGUUUGCAAGAGGCUUAAACUAAUGAGAGGUGCACUUAAGGAGUUAAACAAGAAGCACUAUUAUAAUAUCGGUGAGCAGGUUCUUAGAGCUAAAAAGGCUCUUGAAGAGGUUCAAGGCAGUUUGCAAAUAAAUCCUCUCAAUCCAGACUACAUUAUGAAGGAAAGGGAGUGUAUUGCAAAUUAUAACAAACUUUUGGAUUGUGAGCUUUCAUUUCAGCAGCAAAAGCCAAGAUAA